CAAUCCUGUUGCUCAUAAAGUGCAUUUGAAACGGCCAAGAUUAAAAAGUUGCACGCAACAUCAACGGUCAGAAAAUUAACAGACAACUUCAAACAAUAAAUUUCAAAAACAUCGAAACAUUAUCCAAGCAAUUUCCAAACCCCAAAGAAGCUUGCAACACAGAGAAAACAUGGCAGGAGCGAUAAGAUGUUCGAUGAAACCCUCACUUUUUGUGGGCAAAAAAUCGUCGCUUUUUGGUAGUUUUCCAGUGAAUACUCCCACGGUGGUUGUGUGUUUUCCGGCGCUUAAAAGCGCCAAGUUCGGAGUGACGGCGUGUGCAGCGUCGUCAUCUUCGUCAACAACAAGGAAGCCCAGAGGAAUAAUGAAACCAAGGCCAAUUUCACCAGCACUUCAAGAAUUUGUUGGUGCUCCAGAAAUUUCUAGAACCCAAGCUCUCAAGGUCAUCUGGGCUCACAUUAAAGCCAACAAUCUUCAGGAUCCCAAUGACAAAAAAAUCAUCAUAUGUGAUGAGAAGCUGAAGAAAAUUUUCGCGGGUAAGGAACGUGUGGGAUUUCUCGAGAUAUCAGGAUUGAUCACCCCACACUUGCUGUAGCUGUGUUCAGUUCAAGCCGACAAGGAGUCGUCACGAAGAAAACUGUCUACUCGGUAUCUAGUUUUUAGUAUUUAGUAGGAGCUGCAUAGCCUUUGGGAUUAGAUGAGCCCUUACUAUAAUGGGUUUGAGCAUCAUUUUGUGAAGUUUUUUGUCUUGUACCUCGCUAUAUUUGCUAGUCAUCGACACUUGCGUCUUUUCCAGACUAUGAACAAGAGAAUUAGAGAUGACGAUGGUAUUUUGAUGUUCAAGGUUUUUUUGAUUCUAAUCCAGGGGGUUGUUUCCUAUAAACCCGAAACGUUUGAGAUUAUUAGUUCCAGAUUUUCAUC